AUGCUACCCUUGCCCAAAAAGAUCGAUGCUUCAGUGACGCUGAUGCAGGUUGAAGAGAGACCGGAUAUCACCUACAAUGACAUAGGUGGGUGCGAAGAAGAAAUAGAAAAUAUCAAAGAACUGGUGAAAAUGCCUCUUUUGAGUCCAGAAAGGUUCAUUAAGCUAGGGAUUGAUCCGCCCAAAGGAGUUUUGCUCUACGGACCGCCUGGUACUGGAAAAACCCUCUUAGCCAGAGCGGUGGCCAAUAGGACGGAUGUGUGUUUUAUAAGGGUGAUAGGCUCACAGCUGGUACAGAAGUACGUGGGCGAAGGUGCUAGAAUGGUUAGGGAGAUAUUUGAGCUGGCAAAAUCCAAGAAGGCGGCCAUAAUAUUUUUUGAUGAGGUGGACGCUUUUGGAGGGACGAGAUUUGAGGACAGUGGUGAAAAUGAGGUGCAGAGGACUAUGCUGGAGUUGAUCAACCAGCUGGACGGUUUUGAUUCAAGGGGGAAUGUGAAGGUUUUGAUGGCAACCAAUCGGCCAGAUACCCUAGAUCCUGCUUUGCUUUAG